AUGAAACAGCUGUACCACGUACCAUUUGAAAGGAAUGGGGACAGAGUGAAGGAGCUACGGUACCAGUAUGUACAGGAAAUGAUUGUCAGUGGAUCAGAAUUUCUGUUUGAAGCUUUAGACCACAAGCUGUACUUCAAGGAGGUGAAGAUAUUAGUACCACCAAACUGGACUACAGGAAAGUAUGAGCGAGCAACAACAGAAUGCUUUGACAAGGGCAGAAUAAGAAUUGAUAACACAAAUUCUGCAUUUGGUGAUGAGCCAUACACUCCCCAAGUCACAGGCUGUGGAACUGAGGCUCAAUACAUUCAUUUCACCCCAAAGUAUCUGUUAGACAAAGAUCUGUACAAAAAUGUAUACGGACCUAAAGGAAGAGUUUUUGUGCAUGAAUGGGCUCACCUCAGAUGGGGGGUAUUUGAUGAAUAUAAUAAGAAUGAGCCCUUUUACCUGUCUGCUGGUCAGAGUAAACCAACAAGGGCCUAUAUUCACUUCUCUAUAGAAGAGCAAAAAUUAUUAAACAUAAAUGUAUAUUAUAGCAGUAAUUGUCAGUAA